GUCAGCCCCCAUGAUCACGAACUUUUGAACACGGCCAAGGUUUUUCUACGUAUGACAACUCAGACUCAAUAAUCAAAAUGUUUUGCAAACAGACAUGUGUCAAAAUAAUUCUUGGGGCUUACAGAAUUAAUUACCUGACACUUCGCUGGAAAAGUGAAGUGAAGAUGACAAAACAGUUAAUGAAAAUGAUAAACAAAGGCCCAAAGAAGAAAGCAUGGUAUUCACAGCCUACUCCAGUGACACCUAAUGGUUUGUCCCAACCCAGUUGCAAAGGCCCCACUGAUGGACAGCGGAGACGGGCAGUACAAGUGGGCAAGGUUUUGUAUGGAUACAUUGUACAGAUCGUCAAUUCUGGAGAACUCUGCCCUCAGCUAGCAGAGAUGGCCGUUUGUAUUGACAGGGUUAAUGUUGUGGCAGACUUCAGUGCCAUCAAUGUUCACUGGGUGGCAUCAGGAAGUGAAGAAGAGGACAAACUAGAAACUGUGUUAAAAGAGAAUGCAGGAAAACUCAGGCAUAUCCUAACAUCAUAUCACCUGCUUGGUCGCAUUCCAAUCAUCAACUUUGUCAAAGAUGAAAAGCAAGCCAACAGUCAACAGGUUGAGAAACUUCUCAACAUGGCCGACUUUGGACCAGAUUUUGAACCAGCCACGUAUACAACGCAGAUAAGAACUGGGACAAAGAACCCGGACAUCGCACAUGAUUUUGCCAAAUUGUCUUUAGAACAGACAGACUUCCGGGCAUAUCCAGACAUCAUGACCGUAACAAACACUGGUUCCAUGGUAUUUGAAAACUCGUAUAAAGAUACAGUCGUCGAUACUAUAAGAGAAGAACCGGAUGCCACUUUGAAAGAAAGAUUUAAUAUUACAUACAAAGAAGAUAAGACAGUCAAACAAAGAUCUCAUGUCAUCAUGGGUAAAGAACAAAACAUUAACAAAGAUGUUUCAAUCAAACAAAGUCCCCAUCUUGAUUUAGAUUCUGAAUACAGCCAUUUCAUAAACUUUGACAACCAUGAUAAACAAACAAAAACAGAUGAUAUGGAUGAUGUUAAACUGAGAAGUGACUUGUAUGCUCUACAGUACGACAGCCUGAUCAGAAAGUUGCUCUUGAAAAAGCGAAAGGCAAAACACCGGAUGUCUGUGGAUUCUUUUAUUUCCGAAGAUUUUGACGAGUCGGAAACUUCCAUCCAAACAGUAAACCCAGACUACAGUGAAUUUUUGAGAAGGCGAAAAAAGUUGAAACAUGUGAAAGGCAAAAUUCCAUACACUGUGGACGACUAUUUGCAUGAUGAAGGAACUGAUUACUGGAAUGUGCUGCCAGAAGAAAGGGACCAUGAGUUUUCAGACGAAGAAAUCUAAAAUAUUACAAUCUUGUGGAUUUUAGCUGAACUAGGAAGUUACAUGGGCUGCUGUGUUUUCAAAACACAUACAGUCGUCCUAAUAAAAUAAAAAUUUGUCUCGAUUGAUAUUUUAAUAAAAUCAAACACAUCGGUCUAUGCAUGCAUAAA